CAGAUUCAUCGGGAGGCCCCGCGGCAAGCGCCACCGGUAGCCUCCGACAUGUAGAUGAGGAGUAACCCCAUCAACAGACACCGCGAGCGAUAAGGAGGAGCAGUAUCUUUAGUCUAAAUUGAAGCCUACACCACUCAAAGGCUGAAUCACAAGCCAUCACAAGAUCCAUCUCAGCUACUUAGUCAAGCGUCCACGAAAUGUCUUCCCACACGACCUCAAUAUCGCUACCACCCGAGGAGCUCGUCUCAAGCUUGCUAUCUACUAUCGAAGAUAGCAUCAUACCUCUGACGCAAAAAGGCGUCUCGAGCGGCUCCAAACUCUUCGGGGCAGCUAUUCUUUCCCGCAAAAACCUUACGCCAUACACUCUCGCUACGAAUAACGAGCGCAUCUCGCCCCUCUUACACGGCGAGAUCAACUGCAUUCAACAAUUCUGCACCGUCGACUUCCCUGACCCAUCAACACGACCUCAUCCCGCCAAAGACUGCAUCUUCCUUGCUACCCACGAGCCCUGUUCAUUGUGUUUAAGCGGCAUAACAUGGGCGGGUUUUAACGAGUUCUACUACUUGUUCACGUACGAGGAUAGUAGGGAUCUCUUCGGGAUCCCGUACGAUAUCGACAUCCUACAAGAGGUAUUUCGGGUACAAGGGCAGGGCGAGACUGAAGAGCAGGUACAAAUCAGGCAGCUCUACAACCGCAAGAACAAGUUCUUCACUGCGAAGAGCUUCGCCGAUGUCGUUGGGGAGAUUGAAGAUGAAAGCAGCAGAACGAGGUUGCUAGGUGAAAUUGACAGAGUCAAAAGUCUCUACAAUAGUCUGAGCGAGACUUAUCAAAAGGGGAAAGAGGCGGGUACAGAAAGUUCAAGUGUGUGGAAGUAGAUCAUGAUGGUCUCUCUUUGGCACGGUCAUUGUUCGGUGUUGGUAAACUUCAAGUGCGGCUUCAAGUUCCGGUUUCCAAGGUGUCGCUUUUAGCCCCGCAUUUAUCGAUAACAAAUUUCAGCUAGCUUCGACCCCUCCGAAUGCCUGCGCAUGUGGUGUCAAAUUUCAAGUGAAAGAGAAUCUGACUCAAACAGAAAUUAAUUCUGUCAUU